AUGCCGGUCUUGUACCUAGCUACCACUAUUAACAUCUUUGGAUUCUCCCUUGCCAGAACUCUGAGAUCGGGUCUCGAGGUUGCCCUUACAGCAGAAACCGUGUUCCUAGGGAUAACUGGUCAAGAUUGCGAGACCAGCAUCCAGAACAUCGAAGCCGUACUCAAUCGGCUCCUCAACCAACCACAACCCCCUGCCCCUGCCCCUGCACCAGCUCCGGCAGUGGGUCCAGGUGUUUCUGCUGGCUCGCAGUCAAACACUGUGAGCCCCCUCAUCCGUCCCAACCCCCCCUUCUUGUUUGAUGGGGAUUGCACCUUGGGCAAGAGCUUCUUGCACUCGGUGAAGCACUACUGGCGACUGCUCCCCGAGGCGUUCUUCGUGAAUGGGGUGGUCGCUGAGGAGGAGGUAGUUCGCUUCGCCCUCUCCUACAUGUCCAAGGACUCGGCGGCCUCCUGGUCCGAGCGCAUGUCCGAGCGCACCCCGUUCCCGUUCCCCACUUGGGCUCUGUUCAUCACCGAGUUCAAGCUCCGAUUCGUCGAGGAGAACAAGCAAGACCACGCCUUGGCGCGACUGGAAACCCAUCAGUAUUAUAUGGGCUCCUGCGAUGUAUUCAAGUACACGGACGAGUACGACAACCUCCUUGACCUCGCUGGUUAUACCAACAACUUGGUCAAGGUGACCAAAUAUAGGACAGGCUUGGACCCAAGGAUCAACCAAGCCAUCACCACCUCUGGUAACCCUCCCAGCCUCACUGAUUACGCCAAAUGGCGUGUCCAUGCGUUCCGGCAGUACAAUGCGGAACUCGCUGCCAGAGCUUCUCGAGGCCACGCAGCACCUCCUCCCCGAGCGCCUGCUGUUGCCCCCUGUCCUCGUGCCCCGGUGCUCCCUGCUGUAGUACCGGCCCUCGCUGCCCGCCCGGCGCCCGCCCCCGUCGCCCAUCCAAUUCCCAUGGAGUCCAGGUCAUCUUGCCCGUGA